AUGUCUUGCCGACUGGAGAGUGCAGCUUCCAUCAGGUUCAAACUGAGCAGUGACCUCUUGGUAUUUCCUCAUGGAGGUUUGCAGAUGCCCUCUCCAGAGUACAUAGUUGAUGUAGAGUCUAUGGACAUUUUCCCCGUUGGCUGGUGUGAAGCGAAUGCUUAUAACCUGACUCCACCACACAAAGCUGUUCUGCGAAGGAAGAGAAGAAUUGCAGUUGUGCAACCAGAAAAGCAGUUACCAUCCACAGUGCCUGUUGAGAAAAUACCUCAUGACCUCUGCCCAGUUCCUCAGCCAGACACAACAGGCACCAUCAAUGGGAGAUACUGCUGCCCCCAGCUCUACAUCAACCACCGCUGCUUCUCAGGUCCAUAUUUAAACAAAGGCAGAAUAGCAGAGCUACCUCAGUCUGUCGGGCCUGGCAAGUGUGUGCUGGUCCUCAAAGAGGUUCUCAGUAUGGUGAUCAAUGCAGCUUACAAGCCAGGGAGUGUUUUACGAGAACUGCAGCUAGUGGAAGACCCUCAGUGGAAUUUCCAAGAGGAAACACUCAAAGCAAAAUACAGAGGGAAGACAUACAGGGCAACUGUUAAGAUUGUGCGAACGUCGGAUCAGGUAGCAGAUUUCUGCAGGAGAGUCUGUGCGAAGCUGGAAUGCUGCCCCAACUUGUUCAGUCCUGUUCUGGUGGCCGAAGUCUGCCCAGAAAACUGCUCCAUUCAUACUAAAACCAAGUACACUUAUUAUUAUGGGAAGAGGAAAAAAAUCAUUAAGCCACCAAUUGGGGAAAAUAACAACAUGAAAAGUGGACAUGUCAAGCCAGCCAGGCGCAGGAAAAGGCGGAAAUCCAUCUUUGUGCAGAAGAAAAGGAGGGUGUCCGCUGUCGAUUCAAAUGCUGCAGGCUCUGCAGAGGAGAGUGAAGAUGAGGAGCCAGAUGUGAUGGAGGACGAGACGGGAAGUGAGGAAACCAGCUCAGAGCUCCGGGAUGACCAGACGGAUACCUCCUCUGCUGAGGUCCCCUCCACCAGACCCCGGCGAGCGGUCACCUUGCGGAGCAGCAUGGAGUCAGACAAACCUCCUCCCACGGAGAGAGCCAGACGGAGCCGGAGACCACAGCCCCACUCCUACAGCGAGGCAGAGAAAUGCACGCAAGUCAAAGAAGAAAUUAAGCAAGAAGAGGAAGAAAAGCUCAUCCUGGACAGUAAUCCAUUGGAGUGGACUGUGACUGAUGUCGUGAGGUUUAUUAAACUGACUGACUGUGCACCCCUUGCCAAAAUAUUUCAGGAGCAGGACAUCGAUGGCCAAGCCCUUCUGUUGCUGACACUGCCCACGGUGCAAGAAUGCAUGGAACUGAAGCUUGGUCCAGCCAUCAAACUGUGUCACCAGAUCGAGCGAGUAAAAGUUGCUUUCUAUGCACAAUACGCCAACUGA